AUGGGUGUGGCACUGACCAGGUCAGCUCAGUGGACUGCAGCUGGAUAUGGGCCUGAGUCCCUGAAACACACCCCUUUAAAUGAAGCCAUAUUGACCGAAAUCGUUAUGUUUGUGGAGAAUUUUAUCUAUAAAUAUCCUCAAGAGGCAAAAUAUGUUUUUGUUGAACCACUUGAAUGGCAAACAAAAUUAGAACCUUCAUUAUUUGAUUCAGGUUAUGUUAUCAGUGAAACUACAGUCAAAUCGGAAGAAGUUGAUAAAAAUGGACAGCCUUUGCUCUUUCUCUCGGUGCCACAAAUUAAAAUCUGGAGCUUUGGCCAGCUGUCACGCCUUUUAUUUAUUGCUAAAGAUACAAAGCUGAUGGAAGCACAGGCUUGUGUUGAAGCUAACAGAAAUCCAAUAUCAAAAAUUCUGGGCGUGGAAUACAAUGUAAUGAAAGGAAACUUGUCUACAUUAAAUAUUCUGGAUAAAAUUACCAAAGAUGAUAGUCCAGAAUAUGAGCUUAAGUUGAAGAUUGCCAAGCUGCUUUGUCAAUUGGACCAGCACUUACUCAAUCAUUCUCUAAAACAUAUUUCAUUAAUAAUACGCUUAAAUCCAGUUACUAUUAAGAAUGACAUAGCCCUGCUUCAACGUUUCUCAGGAAAAGGAGAUCGAACAAUUUUAGAAUCAAUCAAAUAUACUUCAGAUUAUGAAUUUUCAAAUGGAUGUCGAGCCCCACCAUGGAGACAAAUUCAUGGGGAAAUGUGUUAUGUGAUCGUGAAACCUCAUGAUUUUGAAGAGUUGUGCAUUACUUGUCACUCAGAUGGAGUAUUUUUAAAUGGCGGUAUAACAGAUGACGAGGGGGAAAUUGAUUAUGAGAGAAAAGGUGACAUUUAUAAAGACCUUGUUACAUUUUUAAAAGAAAAAUCACCAGUGUUUUCAGAAAAUAUAUCUAGGCAGGAUAUUCAAUUCCUUGAAGGACAAAAGGAACUUAAAGCUAUUGAAGGUCCUAAAAUGGGAAAUAACUCAGAUGCUUCUAAAGAAGUUAAGGAUACACGAGAAAAGAACCAUAUGAAUAUAAUGAAGGCUCAUAUGAUGAAGAGAUUAGAACCAAGUUUGAACUGGAAGGCCACAGUGGAUUUUAAAGAUCACAAAACCUCAAUAAAGGACACACAAGAGGAAAAAAAUAUGCUUGAAAAACAUGCAAAAACAUCUUUACCUGGAAAAUCAGCACGUAAGACAACUGAAAAGCUGGAGGAAGUUAUUAGUGAGAGCUCCUCAGAGAGUGAGGAAGACGAAGAACCACCUGAUCACCGGCAAGAAGCAAAUGCAGAUUUGCCAUCGGAAUAUUGGCAGAUUCAGAAGCUGGUAAAAUAUUUAAAGGGAGGAAAUCAGACAGCUACAGUGAUUGCACUGUGUUCCAUGAAGGAUUUCAACUUGGCACAAGAGACCUGCCAGUUGGCAAUCAGGGAUGUCGGAGGUCUUGAAGUUUUAAUAAAUUUACUUGAUACUGAUGAAGUCAAAUGUAAGAUUGGUUCACUAAAAAUCUUAAAGGAAAUCAGUCACAAUCCUCAAAUCAGACGUAAUAUUGUUGACCUUGGAGGCUUACCAAUUAUGGUUUCUAUACUUGAUUCUCCCUAUAAGACUCUGAAAUGUCUGGCAGCUGAGACAAUUGCAAAUGUUGCCAAGUUUAGACGUGCCCGGCGAGUGGUGAGACAGCAUGGUGGCAUCACCAAACUGGUCUCUCUAUUGGACUGUGGGCAUAGUCCAGCAGAACCUACUCAUCCAAUCUGUAUGAGACCCCGAGAUGUUGAAGUGGCUCGCUGUGGUGCCCUGGCACUCUGGAGCUGCAGUAAGAGUCACUCGAAUAAGGAAGCCAUCCGGAGAGCUGGGGGCUUCCCGUUGUUGGCUGGGCUGCAAACUUCUCAUGAGGACAUGUUGAUUCCAGUUGUGGGCACCUUACAAGAAUGCGCAUCAGAGGAAAGCUACAGAGCUGCCAUUAAAGCAGGAAGAAUUAUUGAAAAUCUAGUGAAGAACCUUAAUAGUGAGAAUGAGCAACUGCAGGAGCAUUGUGCUAUGGCUAUCUACCAAUGUGCUGAAGAUGAGGAAACCCGUGACUUGGUUAGGCAACAUGGAGGACUUAAAUCCUUGGCCACUUUACUCAAUAAUACUGACAAUAAACAACGGUUGGCUGCUGUCACAGGAGCAAUAUGGAAAUGUUCUAUCAGCAAAGAGAAUGUUUCCAAGUUUCGAGAAUACAAAGCCAUUGAAACCUUGGUGGGCCUUUUAACCAAUCAGCCUGAAGAAGUGCUUGUGAAUGUGGUUGGUGCCCUGGGAGAAUGCUGCCAAGAAUACGAAAACAGAGUCAUUGUCCGGAAAUGUGGCGGCAUUCAACCACUUGUGAAUCUCCUUGUUGGGGUGAAUCAAGCUCUCCUUGUCAAUGUCACAAAAGCAGUUGGUGCUUGUGCUGCAGAACCUGAAAGUAUGAUGAUAAAUUGAUCGUUGGAUGGAGUGCGUCUGCUGGUGGUCACUGCUGAAAACCCUCACCCAGAUGUGAAGUCCAGUGCAGCUUGGGCUCUCUGUCCCUGCAUUGAAAAUAUCCAGGACUCUGGAGAAAUGGUUCGAUCCUUUGUUGGUGGUUUGGAACUGGUUGUCAACUUAUUGAAGUCAGAUAAUAAAGAAGUUUUGGCAAGUGUAUGUGCUGCUAUUACUAAUAUAGCAAAAGAUCAAGAAAAUUUAGCUGUUAUUACAGAUCAUGGAGUUGUCCCUUUAUUGUCUAAGUUAGCAAAUACAAAUAAUGAUAAACUGAGGCGUCAUCUAGCAGAAGCUAUUUCACGCUGCUGUAUGUGGGGAAGAAAUAGAGUGGCCUUUGGUGAACACAAAGCAGUGGCUCCAUUAGUGCGUUACCUGAAAUCAAAUGACACUUGUGUGCAUAGAGCAACUGCUCAAGCCUUGUAUCAACUCUCAGAAGAUGCCAACAACUGCAUCACUAUGCAUGAGAAUGGCGCAGUAAAGCUUCUACUGGAUAUGGUCGGGUCUCCAGAUCAGGAUCUCCAAGAAGCUGCAGCCGGUUGUAUAGCCAAUAUCCGGAGACUGGCUCUUGCUACAGAAAAGGCAAGAUACCCCUAAAAAUAUGAACAGACAAUAAGCUACCAAGCUUUACCCGAUAAGAUCAUGUCACUCUCAUGAAGCCUAAGUUGGGAUACACUAUGAGCCAAAACU